GGGAGUAGAGUCCCCGCGCGCGCUCUGGCUCUGCAGUAACCGCGGGCCUCUCUCCGAGGACCUUAGCUUGCUGUUGCGAGCGGCCACCUCCCCUGCUCACUCUCGGAGCCCGCUCGACCCUCGUAGCGGAUCAGGGACGCGUUCACUGGUUCCGGCAGUGUCCUCGCGGCGGCCAUGGCCACGAAGAUCGACAAGGAGGCGUGUCGCGCGGCGUAUAACUUAGUGCGGGACGACGGCUCGGCGGUCAUCUGGGUGACUUUCAGAUACGACGGCGCCACCAUUGUCCCCGGCGAUCAGGGAGCAGAUUACCAGCACUUCAUCCAGCAGUGCACAGAUGAUGUCCGGCUGUUCGCCUUUGUGCGCUUCACCACCGGCGAUGCCAUGAGCAAAAGAUCCAAGUUUGCCCUCAUCACAUGGAUCGGGGAGGACGUGAGCGGACUGCAGCGUGCCAAGACGGGGACCGACAAGACGCUGGUGAAGGAGGUGGUCCAGAAUUUUGCAAAGGAGUUUGUGAUCAGCGACCGGAAGGAGCUAGAGGAAGACUUCAUCAGGAGCGAGCUGAAGAAGGCUGGGGGGGCCAAUUACGACGCUCAGUCAGAGUAGCUGCAGCCCCACAGCCCAGAGCCAUCUGCCUGCUCCGCCAAGGAGGAGACUGCCGCCUCACGUCACCAGCCCACCAGGGAGGAGAAGCCAUGAGAGGCACCAGCGCCACCAGUGUGUCCAAUCCUCUCCCUCCCUCUCCCCCCUGUGGCCCCUCUCAAGCUCACCAAGCAUCAUUCUUUGAGACCCGCCCCCCCUUUUUGUUUUAAAGAAAAGUCAUUUUGGUGCCAGGGUCAUGCAUACCAUCCGAUCCCAGAAGCCUCUCUGUCGCUGGCCCUUGACCUGGCAUUUAUCCCUGCCAUCACCGUGGCCUGCCUGGUCUAAGCUACCCUGGCCUUGAGUUGCUGAGGCCUGGCCAGGUGCCACCCCAGCUUGACCUGGCUGUUUCCUGCUAGCCCUACGCGGGCCACCAAUGCCAGGAGCUGUGCACACCCUACAGCCUUCAUGAGCUCCCACGCGCACGCAUGCUCCUCAGAGCCCAUAGAUGUGGCCCCAGGCCUCACCCCUGUCCUGUUCAGAGUGGCCUGAGGUGUCCCUCUGGUAGACACUGCUUGGCAGUAACAGGUUUAGGUCUGGCGUGGACCGAGUGUGAAGUGACAAAUUUGCCUUAAAUCUUGCCUGGCAGUGUGGCUCUGCCACGUGGUCUAAACUACCCUUUUGGCGAAGCCUUUCUGAAGCCAGAGAGGUCUGAGUCUGGCUGUGGGGGGGAGUUCAGGGUCAACCUCAGGGCCUCCAGGGUGACAAGGAUGGAAAGGUCCCCUGCAGACAGGGAGGCUGGCACAGGCCUCAGGGCGCCUGGAAGGCAGCGACGGUUGGAGUCUUAGUCUGCAAAUUCCAAAGAUGGCUUUGUUUGCUUUUGAAGACAGCUGAGGCGGGCUUGGCUCCUCGAGAGCACACGAAGAUGGUUCUUUCCCUCCCUCCUCGCUCUUAUUACUCUGGGGAAGAAUGCUGCACCGGGCUGGGCUGUGAGGACCAUCUCUGGCAUUCCGACAGUUUACAGAAGUAAAUGUGUUUUUCAAGAAAAAUGA